UUCAGCGUCGUGGAAGAGAAGUUGUGUUUCAGGUUUAAGCUAAGUCAGGCUCAGUCCUCUCAGGCGAACCCGUCCGCCCGUCCGAGCAGCAUCACUUCAUCUCAUCAAAUCCACCAGACAUGGACUUCACCAUCAGAGCAGCAAGCUUGGAGGAUUGCAAGGACAUCGCGCGGAUGAUCAGGGAACUUGCAGAAUUCGAGAAAGUGGACGAGCAUGUGAAAGUCACACAGAGAGACUUGGAGCAAGAUGGAUUUUCCAAAAAUCCGUUCUUUCAUGGGAUCAUCGCUGAGGUGCCAGAACAGCUCAGAACCAAAGAAGGCCAUACAAAGAUAGGCUAUGCACUUUACUUUUAUUCCUACAGCUCGUGGAAGGGCAGGUCUGUUUACAUGGAGGACUUGUAUGUGAUGCCAGAGUUCCGAGGGAAGGGCAUUGGUAAAGCACUUAUGAGCAAGGUAGCACAGCUGGGCCUAGCAGCUGGCUGCAACCAGUUCAACUUUACUGUUCUGGAGUGGAAUAAAUCAUCUCUAGACUUCUACCUCAGCCAAGGCUGCUUCGAUGUUACCGCUUCUAUGGGCUAUCACUGCAUGCGGUGUGAAGGAGAGGCAUUAGAGCACCUAGCACAGCCUUAGUCCAACACUGAGCCAAUGACCUGACAGGGCAGGGACAGAGCAUCUCUCAUUGGCCCCUUUCCAAAACUUAAAUGCUGGUUUUAACAUCAUGCAACCUUUAGACCUCUUGGUUUUAAUUUUCAGGUAAAGAUAAAGCCAUCCUACUUAUAUCGUUCUCAAAAUGUUUGCAUAAUUUUCAAAUAAAUAUUUUAUAUUUAAAUAUUUUUUUAACAUGAUCAAACCUAAGUAAAAUGGCCUUUUGUCACCCCCCUCUGGAAGUAAGAGCAACUACACUAUCACUGCUAAUAGUUGCAUGUGUUAAAACAACCAUCACUGUCAACCACUUUCCUUUUAAUCUGGACCAUUGUAAACUUUGUAUGCUUCCUAGUAUUUCUUCCAUCAGUUCUGUUGUGGUCCUGGUAGCAGAUGUUUGCACCAUCCCUCUUGUCAUAGUUUCUUCCAUCUUCAGGUCUGGAAAACCAAUAAUUUCUCUUUGUCAAAAUAAGUUAUGUAAUUCUGAAGUGGGAAGUCAGGACUGGAAAUACAUCUGCACGUUCUAUAUGAAAAAAGGGAGGUGGGGAAAGGCAUUGUUUGCUUUUUUACUUUUCUUUAUUUUUCUUCACUCACCUAAGAACUCAAUAGAACAAAGAAGGCCAAUAUUUUCUUUUUUUCAUAAGGAAGUAUUUAGUGUUUACAUUCCUGCCUUCUUGAAGGAAAAUAAGAGAG